UUGUGUAUCUACGAUUCUGUUGUUGUUUCUGCUGCUUCCGCUCUUCCUCUUUCUUCUACUUCGUCUUCUUCGUCAGCUUUUCAUGGUGGUGGUGCUUCUAUUGCCGUGUUGUUGAUGCUGCAGUAGAGACUUGAUACUUCCUCCCUUCAAACCCACUUUCGUGUUUUGAGGUUCCUCGGCGGCUUUGGGUUUCAUUUUUCCAUUGCGACCAGGUGCGAGGCUGAUGAUGCCUGUAUUGGACCAAUACCUUUCGUGCCUGUUUUCGAACUGCUUUGGUGGUUGCUAUGGGUGGCGCGGCGCAGGUUCGGAUGCCAGAAGGACAAUGGGAUUGGCGGCAGAUGGCUGCAGUGAAGAUGUCAACGGAAUACGACUCCGAAGGAAGUGUAUUUGUGAACAAGAUGUCUGCCCGGGUGCUUAAUGGACUCGCCAAGCUCACAGGGUCUUUCCAAAGAGAGCCGUCAGGGGACCUCCGCUACCCUUUGAUGGGCGUGGUGACGAAGUACUUGUCGGUGAUGUAUGAUCAUGAAGACAGAAACGCCCUCGUCACCUUCAAUGCGGACGUUGGCCGCAACUUGUCAGUCAAGUACCUGCGAGAUAUCAAGGCCCAGCAAGGCGAACUGAAGCUUCAGGCACAUACUUCGAACCUUAGGUAUAAGACAGAGAUCUCCUCCGACGUCCCAGCCACAACUUUGCCGAAAGUAGUGUUCACGUUCCCCGUAGGGCAAUUGAGGGCCGAAGAGGUUGAGAAGGAUGAGGAGCGAGCAAUUGCUCUCAGCGGCUUCUUUGGCGGGAGUGUAUUGAAUGGUCAAGCUGUUGCAAGCUAUUCUGAUGAGAGUGCCACGUUAAAAUACACAUAUAAGGAUGAGGAGUUGACGUUGGUGCCAUCAGUGUCUUGGCCUCGAUUGUCUCCUUCGCUUGCUUUCAAGCGACAAUUUGGACCACGUAACAAGCUCAGCUACUUCCAUAACUUUGAGACAACGACUUGGAGUGCGGUAUAUAAAUACAAACCAACUGAGGAUUUCAAGGUCAAGUUGGGCUAUGAUUCUGAUGUUCGCCUUUGCUGGAGUUCAUUUUGGGUAGGGAAGGAGGAUGAAGGCGCCAAGAACGCCCCCAGGAAAUGCAAGCUGCAAGUAAUGCUGCAAGUGCCACAGGAUGAUGUAAAAUCCGGGGCUCUUCUGUUCAGAAUGAAAAAGCGGUGGGAUCUGUUUUGACCCUUUCGUCGACUCGAAGCUCGGUCCACUAUUUGAUUAAAUCAAAUUUGUGCCGACCCUCCAGUUCCACAUUUUUUUUGUACUAGUCUUAACCAUUUUUCUCUUUAUUUGUCCCGACAGCUUUUGCUUCACCUUGACAGAGACCCCAGUGUGCUUCAUGUGUUUGCCAGUUUCAGCAAGGCCAUAGUAGCCCCUUUGUAAAGCCAAGUGCCAGCACAGGUGGUAUGAUGUGAGGAGCCAAAGACGGCUGCUAAACUCAAUGUUUACACUACUCGACCAAAAACCUUUGUAGAUUCUUCCAGCGUAACAUCGUCAGUUUUUUCCUAAUUUCUCAGUAAAUUCAGGCUUCGGUUACACAUGCUUUAGUGUUGCUAAACCUUGGCCAUCUCUGCAAGGUCCUCUUUGCUCCAUCUCUCUUUGUACAAUAUUGUGUAUCUCGCAAGUAUAAACAAAUUCAUUUCUCUCA